AUGGCGUUGCCAAAAACCCCCAACGAAUCGUCGGAGCCCAUCGUGAUUAUUGGAGGCUCCAUUGCGGCCUUGAUGUCCGGUAUCGUCCUCACGCGACUUGGAUACAAUGUACGCGUGUUAGAGCAAAAUGAGUCGUCAGUUCGGGAGGAGAAGGGUGCUGGCAUAACUGUUGGGCCCGAUGCGCAAGAGUUCUUCUCCAAAUAUGAUCAGGUCCCAGGUCCAUACGCCGUCCCAUGCCCCGGGGUCAAUUUCCUCGAUGCCAACAGCAAAGUAAAGCAGUUUAUGAAGCGCCCUAUGCUUAUGUCCACAUGGAGUGCGCUUUAUUAUCGUCUACGGGCAAAUUUCGACGGAUACAAAAGUUCAUUCUGCCCUGACCCACCUGCCUCAGCACAAAAUCAAGGGAAAGCCGUCCUCCAAAUGGGAGCUAAAGUUACCAACGUGGCAGAUACGGAUGGACAAGUAACAGUGACCUACAUAGACAAGGCGGAAGGAACUGAGCAUUCUAUCAAGAGCGAUCUGGUGAUUGCCGCGGACGGUGCCAGCUCGGCCAUUCGUCGGAUUCUCCUUCCGGAUGCCGAACCGCUGUAUUCCGGGUAUCUUGGGUGGAGAGGCCUUGUUCCGGAAUCAGAGAUGUCUGAGGAGUCAAGGGAAAUUUUAUCUCCAGAAUUUACGGGAUUCACCUACAAAGGCGGCUACAUCCUUUGUUACAUUGUGCCAAGCAGCGAUGGGAACCUCGAAGUUGGUCAUCGACGUUUCAACUGGGUUUGGUACUCAAAGUCUCCUCCCCAGUCGUCUGCUCAAUACGCAGAAAUCAUGACAGAUUCCGACGGCUGGAAACAUAGGAACUCGGUCCCAAAAGGGAAGAUGCGAGAGGAUGUUUGGAACGCACAACGAGAAUACGGAACCAAGAUUCUAAACUCGGUAUUUGUUGAAUUGAUCAACAAGACCAAAGAGCCCUUCUUAUCCGUUAUCCAAGACUUCGCCGCGCCACAAGCUUCGUUCUUCGAUGGAAAGCUCUUGAUGCUAGGAGACGCACUGGCAGUCUUCCGCCCGCAUAUGGCUUUGAGUCUUAACCAAGCAGCCGUUGAUAAUCUGCUUUUGGAGAAACUGAUAAAGGGUGAAAUCACGACGAAGUCUUGGGAAAAGCAGGUGGUUCAAUAUGGGCGGCGGAAUCGAUUGAUAAAUAUCGCCUUUGGCAAUUUCUAUCUCUAUGGAGGGUUGACUUUCGCUAAGAGUGUCGUUGCUUAUCUUCUGUCUUUGCUUCCGUUCCAGUCACUGAUCUUAGCUGCGCAGAGGUAUUUUCGGCGGUAG